GCCUGGUCAAGUUCCCUUCCUUGUGGUGUUUUCAUCCCCAGACUUUAUACAGCCAGCUCAAAAACGUCCUGCCUUCUUUCCCCCGCAAAAAACGCCACCCCUCCAAGUUGUCAUAGCCCUGUAAAACCUGCCAUAAGCAGCUUUUUUAUCUAGUUAUCAGCUCACCAGCUGCCAUUAAUUAGUUAUGUAUGAGAAUUACUUCCCUGGAUCACUGUGUUCAGGUUUCCAUAUGAAAAAGACAAAGAAUAAGGUACAACAUUGAAACAACGAAUAUCACAAUAAUGCAUUUAAAUGCUAUUGAAUACGCUAAAAGUUUGAAAAAAAUACAUCAAUAAAGGCAAGGUUUUUAUAAGCAGCAAACACUACACAUAGAUGUGUCAUGGCAUUUUAUGAAGCUACUUGGAAGAGUACAUGAGAUAUUAAAAGAGGUAGAGCAGUUUGGCCUGUUACAGAAUUAUGGUUCGACUAACGACGGACCUAAUUGCUAAAAACAUCAGUCACAAGAAUCGCAAAGAAGAGGACUUCGGACAGUACCUGCGAAAAAUGACUCAUCUGAAUUUAUCAGAUAAAAAUAUAGAUGCAAUUGGUGACAUCUCUUUGUGUAGAAAUCUUAGAGUUCUGUAUUUAUACGAUAACCGAAUCAGUCAAAUCCAGAACUUGGACUUUGCUUCAAAUAUAACACACCUUUACCUUCAAAACAAUCAUAUUUCAUGUAUAGAAAAUCUCUCAUCACUGAAAAACCUUGAAAAACUGUAUUUGGGGGGUAACUACAUCACUGUAGUAGAGGGCUUGGAUAAAUUAGAAGAGAUAAGGGAGCUACAUAUUGAAAGUCAACAUCUUCCUCUUGGCGAAAAGCUUCUCUUUGAUCCAAGAUCUCUUAGGUCCUUGGCAAAAUCCUUGUCUGUGUUGAAUAUCAGCAAUAACAACAUUGAUGAAUUAGAAGAGCUGGCAGUUCUGGAAAAUCUUUCUUAUCUUCGAGCAGCUGACAAUCAACUUCAACAUAUGAAGGAUUUGGAGGCUGUAUUAAACAAAUGGCCAAAACUACGCAGAAUGGAUCUUACAGGAAACCCCAUCUGCCACAAACCAAAGUACAGGGACAGGAUUGUUGUACAGUCUCAAACUUUAGAAUCUCUUGAUGGGAAAGAAAUUAAAGAAAUGGAAAGACAGUUCCUAACGAAUUGGAAAGCCUCCAAAGCUGCCAGGAAAAAAAACAGAGGAAGAAUGACAAAUGAACCUGCAGACUAUCAACGUUUUUCUGGCUUUGAAACACUGUAUCCUAUUCUUCCCUUUUACUACAGUACAUCUCUGAAACAAAAACCAAAUUUUUUAAUUCUGUCCGAGAUGCACAGACGAGAACCUCUGCCAAGAACCACGAAAAAAAAAUAAAUCAGAGGAAAACUCAGGUUGAGGAGGAACCUGAAGCAAAACUCAGCUGAAUUCUAAGAGCCAAAAUUUACAAGAGGCACAGAGAUGCACAAGAUGCACACAUUAUUGUAUUUUGUUUGUUUUUCUUUUUCUCCUCAAAACUUAAAAAGAAAGGUACUGGUAUCUCUUUGGAUAUGUAAUUUGUGUCUUUGUUAUCUUAAAACCAGACAAGAUGAAGUUGAACGUAACACUGCCUUUUAAUACCAUUCCACAAUACAAGGUGUCUGCCCAUUUAUUUAGAAGCAAUGUUUUGUGCUAUAAGCAUGUAAAAAUAUUAGCAUUGUUUGGCUAAACUGGUUGCCUUUUCCUUAAACUUCCUCAAAAAAGGAGUUGUUUUUAGCUAGUGUCUUACCUGGUUUGUGACCUCAGUAAGGUCACAAGGCUGGUUCCUUCCCUGUAGGAUACUCUUAAUAAUUAUGCAGAGGCGUGCUAAAGGUCUCAUACUUCAAGAAGAAAGGAGCUAUUAGCACAUGAUUUUUGAGAUCUGUACAAGAUCUGUAAAAUAUAAUUUCCACCAUUUUCAUUUUUCCACUUUCUGGUAAAUGAUGUGGCGUAGUUUGGAAAGAAGGCUCGACAACAUUAAUGAUACCUGUGCUGAUGAAUUUUGGGGUUGGGAAUAUUACAAAUGGAUUUGACUUUGAAUUCUGCUUUAAGUAACUGGGACUUGAGUUUGGCUGCUUUGCACUAGUCUGAGUAAUUACAUGAAAGCUCGAGACUUCAGAUAUAGGAAAAUCCAGAUGUACAGAUGAGGAAAGCAUGGGCUGUAAAUGGCCCCUGGAAUGAAAUCUUUCCUAGUGGUGUUUCUCUGGAUGAAUGUCAGCUUGAGACCCUCUCAGAAAUAAGAAAGGAAUCUUUCCCGCAUAAGGAAACCAGUAUCUGUCUUUUUGCAUUCGGUAUUUGGUGUAUUGUUAUCAUUUAUAUUUUAUUGCCCUUUAGUAAAUGUAAAUCAAAUAAAUUUAACUCUUGUACUCAUCCUCCCCCUAAGUAACAAAAUAUUUAUCGUUGUUAGAAAAGAAGCAGAUUUCCAAAACUAGAGUAGUAAAUGGGUGAUACUCUGAGGAACUGUUUGCUUCUGCUAAAGCUAGCGAGUGAUUUAGCACCAGAGAAAGAAAAUACAAAACAAUGAAUAAAGAUCCGAUGUGUAACCGUCAUUAUUACUCCAUUACUGAAAUUAGUAUUAAGAGCAUAUGACACUUCUAUCUUUAGCUGUCAUCAUCUGUGAUAUUCAGGUCAAGCAAGACAAUUUUAAAAGUUGCUUCUUGUUAAGACAAUUCCCAAAGACGAGCGCUAGUACCUGCGGUGAACGUGUUUGAAAUGACAGCUGCUGGAUCACUGCCCCAGUGCGCGGCAUCAGAAAGUCACCUCCUGGCCUCGAGGGCGUGAUGCUGUCUGGGGAAGCCUUUCCACCUUUACGCUUAAAUCUCCCUCUGCCUUGCAGAUACCCAUUUAAAUAUGUUUAAUGGAUUUUCAGUAUUUCUCAUUGUAGGUUUUGCUCUAUACCGUGCCUACAAUCUGACUUAAUUUUCAUAGGUUCUGAGUAUUUUUGGCUUUCACUUUAAGAUUUUCAUUCAUUACACGUUACAUACAACAUGUAUAAGACCCAAAUGAACUAUUCCCUGUACAGCACAGGCUGUGGGGUUUCACACAGAGAUUCCCUCAGCCCAGCAACACCCAUCUGGCUAAAGCAAACCCCUUUCAAAGCCGUCCACCGGUGAAGUCACAAAAUGGGUCUCAGUCUCUUUGGAUCUAAUCUCCCUCUCAUUCUCUAUAUUCUGUAAUAGUUGGCCACAUCCCAACUGCUUACAUGCGUGCUUAUUCACGUUCCUAGGCUUGCUCUAAACCCCUGCAUUUUAAGCCUGCAAUUCCCCACGAGUGCAAUCAGUCACGCUGUCAUUAGACACAUAAAUAUUCACGCUUCUCCAGCCCCAGCAUGGCCAGCCCUUACCCUGCUCGCUGCCCACGCCGCUCACUCUCCUCACAGCGCUCCUCACCUGGCUGCUAGCGAAGAGACAAGUUCGAGCCAGGUUUCCUCUGGUUCUCAUCUUGAAGUGAGAAGGGAUGAGCUGAUGGAGAGCCCCUCAAACUGGCCCCCUCUCUCGUGAGCUACAGUGGAGUAGCUUUGAAGUAAUUCCUCAAAGAUGUGUGGAUAUGAAAUGGAAUUAUGGUGGCAUCUCAGUUCUUCUGUCUUUAAAAAACAAACAAACAAUAAAAAAAAACACUAAUAUUAUGCUCUAACACCUAUGUAUACACACACACAAGAAUGGAGCCAUUCAGAUACACAUUUUUAGAUACAUUUUAAAAUGAAUUAAUUCCUGAGGGAAAGGGAUGCCUGCUUGCUGGGGGGAGCUGGGAGAAUGGCAUCUUGAACUCACAUAAGCUUCCAUUUUGCAGUGUGCCUCUGAAUUCUGGGGGGAUUUUCUAAAAAGCGUUUCAUUUUACAUAUUUGCAUUCAUGACUGUGAAUAGAAAAAUGUAGAGGGGUAUAAGAGAUAGCACAUUUCAGAUGUUUUGGUUGGUUUUGGGUUGUUAAUGAAAAUGUUCAC